AUGGUGUCCCUCAACCUAUUUCGAAGAAGGCAGGUCAAAUCGUCUGUUCUUGACAUCCCACUUGAGAAAUAUGAUCCGUCGACUGGACUUCCUAGAUCUAUCAAGAUUGGCGAACAUGAUGUCGAACCUUUUGUGAGCUUACAGGAAGUAAAAGACCAUCUUACGUUCUUAUCUGCGUUAUCGUCUUUACGUGAUUCCCUUCCCACAUCGGACGACGGUGCUUUCACCGUAUUUUGCUUUGAAUCAGCCAAGGGUUAUGCUUUCUGGGCUCAACGUAUACUUCCAACCCGAAAAUCUAAUGCAGUGUUGGGACAAGAUGAGUUACCUAGCUUGGAAGUGCUGAUGGCUUGGCACACACAUCUGCUCAAUCCGACAACAUACGAAAAAGAUAUCAGUGGCUCAUUUAGAGCUCUGAAAGGGAUAGAUAUCCCUUUGGGUGAAAUCGCAAAUGCUAUUCGUCAGAACACAUUACCGGUCUUCCAGUCCAUAAGUGAAGACGAGGCAGCGUCUUUGGAAGAAACAGCAUGGUCACCCGCAGACGUCGGAAUGGCCAUUGAAAGACAAGCGAAAUUCAUUGGGAAUAUGAAAAGGAUAAGGUGGUUGGAAGAUCAAUAUUGGGAAAAAGGACUGGUGGAAUUACAAUUCUCGAUUGUUCUCUAUCAUGCGUGGUUGGAUUUGAUGCAUUCGACCCAAUCACGUUUUUUCCUUGUACCGAGAUUAGACAUAGACCUAGCUUGGCAUACACAUCAACUUCAUCAUGAUCGAUAUAAAUCCGAUACGGUGCAGGUUCUGGGUAAGCUGUUGAACCAUAACGACGCUGCUGGUGAUGAGAAAGUAGGAGAUGGAUUGGAAGUUACUAAGGAAUUAUGGAAGAAAAGAUUCGGCUGGGAGUAUCAGUGA